UGACAUCCGGGAAAUGACACACCACUACGUAGCUCAAACAAACGUAUAUUAUAAUGAAAUACCCCUUUGCGGUUCGCAUUCGCGUAGGGACUCGUUUUUGAUAGGUCGUGUUUACGUGCUCUGAAAGAAAAACAACUCAAAAUGGAUGAUAGCGAUGUUCAAGCUUUGGUAGUUGACAAUGGAUCCGGUAUGUGCAAGGCCGGGUUUGCCGGCGACGACGCGCCCCGUGCCGUCUUCCCCUCCAUUGUCGGCAGGCCCCGUCAUCAGGGUGUGAUGGUCGGUAUGGGACAGAAGGACAGCUACGUGGGGGACGAGGCCCAGAGCAAGAGAGGUAUCCUCACCCUCAAGUACCCCAUCGAGCACGGUAUCGUCACCAACUGGGACGAUAUGGAGAAGAUCUGGCAUCACACCUUCUACAAUGAGCUCCGUGUGGCGCCGGAGGAACACCCAGUCCUGUUGACCGAGGCCCCACUCAAUCCCAAGGCCAACAGAGAAAAGAUGACCCAGAUCAUGUUCGAGACCUUCAACUGCCCAGCUAUGUACGUCGCUAUACAGGCUGUGUUGUCCCUGUACGCCUCCGGUCGUACCACAGGUAUUGUCAUGGACUCUGGUGAUGGUGUGUCUCAUACUGUUCCCAUUUAUGAAGGUUACGCCCUACCUCACGCCAUUCUGAGGUUGGAUCUUGCCGGGAGAGAUCUAACAGAUUACAUGAUGAAAAUCCUCACCGAGCGUGGCUAUUCCUUUACUACAACUGCUGAGCGUGAAAUCGUCAGAGACAUCAAGGAGAAGCUCUGCUACGUUGCGCUCGACUUCGAUCAGGAAAUGCAAAUUGCCUCGACAUCAAGUUCUCUGGAGAAGAGCUACGAACUCCCUGACGGUCAGGUCAUCACCAUUGGCAACGAGCGUUUCCGUUGUCCAGAGGCCAUGUUCCAGCCAUCUUUCUUAGGCAUGGAAUCUGCCGGUAUCCAUGAAACCACGUACAACAGCAUCAUGAAGUGCGACGUCGACAUCCGUAAGGAUCUCUACGCCAAUACCGUUUUGUCUGGCGGCUCAACUAUGUUCCCUGGCAUUGCCGACCGGAUGCAGAAGGAAAUCACCGCCCUGGCACCACCAACCAUGAAGAUCAAGAUCAUCGCUCCACCAGAGCGAAAAUACUCUGUCUGGAUUGGUGGCUCCAUCCUGGCCUCCCUGUCCACAUUCCAGGCGAUGUGGAUCAGCAAGCAAGAGUACGACGAAGCUGGCCCAUCCAUUGUCCACCGGAAGUGCUUCUAAAUGCCGCCAACACUGUGUUUAAAAAUGCACGCUAGUUAUACUGUGUAAACAGCGCGGAACCUACGCACUAAUUAUUAAGUGAACACUUAAUUAAACAUUAACAAUUUAAGUUUGUUUUGUAAUGAUGUUGUGUUUUUUCAUUACCGAGCAACCUUGUUUCAUGGUAGCCUGUUUGAAUAUUUGUAAUUGCGGUUUUCAUCUGUAAUAUUGAGACGCGUUAGGACACGACGCCUUUGCCGUUUAGUAUUAUCUGGUUGCCUUUCAUAUUUUAUAUUGUUAUCAAAUUAUACUUGUGUUAUUACUUAUUCGUACUAAUAAAAAAUGUUUUUAAUU